GUCGUCGUUUUGCGUUUUGGUGUUUCGGUCGAUAAAAGUGUUUUUCGCUGUUUUCCAGUGCAAAUUUCUCGAAAAAUAAUCCACUAUGCAGGAACACAACGGCAAGAAGGAAAUCUCGGAGGAACCGCCAAUGAGCCGGCUGUUCGUGAUAUGCGGCCGACAGAUUACCAGAGACCAGUUGAUGCAGCAUUUUCGGGACGAUGGAGAAAUUGAAGAGUGUGUUGUUAUCGUCGAUAAGAAAACCGGCCAGGGCAAAGGUGUCGCCUAUGUAAAGUUCACGAAAACGUCCUCUGCGGCCCGUGGGUUGCGGAAGAAUGGAUCCUAUAUUGAUGGCGAAACUCGGCCGAUUAAAGUGAUGAUUUCUGCCAGCUAUCAGAAAAAGAAGGAAGACGGUAGCCCGGAGGAAAUUAACGAGUACAAGUUUCGUCGCUUGUUUGCGGUUUUGCCAAGUUCCAAGAACGAGGAUACCAUCAGGGAUGAAUUUGGAAAGUUUGGCAAUGUAACGCAGAUCCGUUUGGUGCCGGACAAAAAGAAUCAAAGCCAAUGUGCCGCAUACAUUACGUUUAGUUCAUUCCUGGAGGCAGCACUGGCGAUCGAGGGUUGCAACUCCAGCUACCGGGCCAAAUUCUGUUUGCCACGGGAGAAUCUCAAGAAACCUUCGGACGAGAAAGAAAGUGGUAGUGGUCGGUUUGGAUCGAGCAACGGAAGCACUCGCAAGAGAACACAUUCUCCGGAACCGGGACGUCCCGGGGGAGACGUUAAAUUGGUUGUUAUCUGCAGCAGCUGCUUGAAUCAGGACCGUUUGUGGAGAGUUUUUGACAUUGCACCGGGGAUGAAGUAUUGCAAUAUUGUUACACAGAACGAUAUUAACACCACUGCGUGUGUGGUCUACUCUAGCCGGGAUGAAGCGCAGCGUGCUUUAGAUAAAAUCCACGGCCUUGAAUAUCCACUGGGAGAACGAAUCAUUGUCCGUUUCGAGGAUGAAUUCCGCGAUGAAGUUUGCACAAAUGACAUUCUUUCACAGUUAGGUCCGCCGAAGCCGAUGCUGAAUCAGCAAACUUUCUGCGCCAAAAAAGCGUUUUUCAUCUGUAUGCCAGAGGCCGUUUCCGUAAAGUUGUUACAGGAUGCCUUCUGUCGUUUUGGUGAUUUAAUUAAUGUUUACCUGAUUCCUGGAAAACGUCACGGUUAUGCCGCGUUUGGCAGUGAAGUUGCAGCCGAUAGAGCUAUACAACAAUUACAUGGUUUCCAGCUGGGCGAUUGUCGCCUGAAGGUGCUCGAAUGUAUGGAACAAAAUGAGUCCGCAAAGAGGCAACGACCGAUGGAUCGCUAAAUCGUUUUAAGUCCGAAAAUUUAACAGAACGUCACAGAAAGAAAACGAAAAUUACGGAAAGAAAACGUCAGAAGUGAAAUUUGAAGCAAGUUCAUGAAUUAACGAUAUUGUUUCCGAACAACAAAACACAAACAGAAAGCAAAGAAACCAUCAUCAUCAGUACGGAGUAAAAAGUUGUCUGAAUCAAUUGAACGAUAAUUUAAAUGCAUAAAAACUAACAUUAGUAGAAUUGUAGAGAACAAAUCAAUAAAAACAUUAGUAUUACUAGUAGGAUCGUAGAAACGGAACGAAGAACAAUUCGUAAUGGUCAAAUAACUGGAAAUGAAAAUUUUUAUUUGGUGUGCAACAGAAUAUUGAACUGCUGGAGGCAAAACUAAAAUGUUGAAGCUAAAUGCCAGUUUACUCUACAAAAUAAAAUAAAUCAUAACCGUCUUAUCUCUAAGUAAUCGUCUAUAAUAGCAGCAAAAACUGAAAUGGGAAAGAGUUGAAU